GGUUUAGUCGAUGCGUGCCUCACGUGGGCAGUAAUGGCGGCGUUCUGUCAGUAGUGGGUCAUGUAAAUAUUGGACGAUUUCGCUGUGAGCUUGGAUUCCUAUGGGUCUAAUAUGGAAUAAAUAACGAGAUACUCGUUUUGAAGCAAUGAGGACUCCGGCUACUCGGCUGUAUCGCAGCUUGGAAGGGCUGUUUGCGGUUUACAAACCGGCAGGGGUUCACUGGAAGCUGGUCCGGGACACCGUAGAAACUAACCUGCUGAAAGGUAUAAACAGUGCUCCACCUCCAGCGUUGCGGACCCAGGUAAAGUUUCUCCUACAAAGCGGUGCAGGGAGUGAGGACCAUAAAGAGGUUACGCUGAGGCCGGUUCGGCUACCGGUACUGGCAGAUCACCCUCUUGUAACUGGACCGGAAUUCCAGAAGCUGCGGGUCGGAGUGGGACAUCGACUGGAUGUAUUUUCCUCUGGGGUCUUUGUGCUGGGAGUGGGGAACGGAAAUGCCAAGUUUAAGGAAAUGUACGAGCGCUACAACACCAGGGAUUACACGUUGGAGGGGGAGUUUGGUAGAGCUACAGAUGAUUUCUCACAUGAUGGACGGGUCAUUGAAAGAACCACUUACGAUCAUAUAACGUGUGACAAACUGGAGAGAGUUCUCGCCACGAUCCAGGGAGCCAACCAGAAAGCCUUGCUCUCGUACUCCAAUGUAGACAUGCGCUCCCAGGAGGCGUAUGAGCUGGCAGUGAGGGGGAUGCUGUUCCCUGAGGGGAAGACCCCACCCAUCCUUACUGGCCUGCGCUGCCUGGACUUCCAGCCACCUCGCUUCACCCUGGAGGUCCAGUGCAUGAAUGAGACCCAGAGGUACCUGCGCAGACUGCUGCACGAAGUGGGCUUGGAGCUGCGUAGCUCGGCCGUCUGCGUCGUCAUCCGGCGCUUGCGGGAUGGACCCUUCACCCUGCAGGAGGCACUAACGCGCCAGCGAUGGACCCUGCCUGAUGUGGCGCAGGCCAUCUGCCAGGACCAUUCCAUUAGGAGAAAGAGGGGCAAAGCCUUUUCCCAAGGAGCAGAGUGACUGGGGGCAGCAGGGGGGGAGACCGUCUCUGCUGUGUGCGUUUGCAUGUCGUUCUUCAGGCGAUUUUCUCAGAAGACGAUUCCGUGAGGUGCCGUGUGUAUCGCAUAUUGUGUAAGGCCACCCUCUUAGCAUCUGCACUUUUCACUUCUCUGGAGCGAUUUUGAUCCUCAUGUGGCUGUAUUUCCUCAUUUUUUCCUUCUUUCCAUGAUUAAGAGUGAUACUGAGGUUUCGUAAAUUCUACCACGGUGCUUUUGGUCUGAAUAAACACCCAAAGCCAUAA